AUAGCCACAAAUAUUUACUGAAUGAGGCAUUAAUUACUUCCCUCUCUUACUAAACCAUCCACCAUCACCUUUCUCUGACCCAAUGCAGCUCUCAUCCAACGUCCUCUCUACUUAAACACCUCGGCUCCCAGACACGCUCCCCUCAUUCACAAGCUCUCUCCCUUCAUUCACAAGCUCUCUCUCACACACAGGCUCUCGCGGCCGCCCGAUAUCGACCGGCCACCGAUGGAAGGGAUCGAGCACCGAACGGUGAGCGUCAACGGCAUAAACAUGCAUGUUGCGGAGAUGGGCAGUGGCCCGCAGGUGGUCCUCCUCAUCCACGGCUUCCCCGACCUGUGGUACACUUGGCGACACCAGAUCCGCGCCCUGGCCUCACACGGCUACCGUGCAGUGGCCCCGGAUCUCCGCGGCUUCGGCAGCACCGACGCCCCCGCUGGGGCUGCAGCCUACACCUGCCACCACAUCGUGGGGGACAUCGUGGCCCUGUUGGAUUCCCUCGGGGUGGAUAAGGUCUUUGUGGUUGCGCAUGACUGGGGUGCCAUCAUCGCCUGGUACCUCUGCGUGUUCCGCCCUGACCGGGUUCGGGCCUAUGCUUGUCUCAGCGUACCGUUCCGACCACGGAACCAGGCGGUGAAGCCCAUUGAGGCGGUGCGGGCCUUGUUCGGAGAUGACUACUAUAUGUGCCGAUUUCAGGAACCGGGAGUUGAGUCCGAGAUGGAACGUGCUGGUGCAAGGAAUGUGCUACUGAAAACUUUAGCAGGAAGAAGGCCAGGUCCACCCUUAAUUCCCAAAGGGCAAUCAUUCGAAGGCAAGCCAAUUGACAUGCCCUCUUGGCUUUCGAAGGAGGACCUCGAUUACUAUGCCGCCAACUUCGAGAGGACAGGCUUCACCGGAGGGCUCAACUACUACCGUGCUCUUGAUCUGAACUGGGAGCUCACCGCCCCAUGGACAGGGGUGAAAGUGAACGUGCCGGUGAUGUUCGUCACCGGGGACUUGGACAUGACCUACACGACCCCCGGCGUGAAGGAGUAUGUCCACGGUGGAGGAUUCAAGAAAGACGUGCCACUCCUGCAAGAUGUUGUCGUGUUGGAGAAUGCUGGCCACUUCAUCAACCAGGAAAGGGCCGAGGAGAUGAAUGCUAUCAUCCACGACUUCAUCAAGAAGUUCUGAUGUUGCUAAUCGGUCAAUAAUCUUAGGCUUUUUCAGUUUCCAAUAUUUUCUUUUCAUCUUCUAGCUAGCUUAUCUAUGCCUGCAAUCAGGAUAAUGUGAGUUGAAGUUAUUUCGGCAUUAUGAGAGUGAUCUCGAAAUGGACUGUGCAAGUUAAUAACAUGAUCUGAUGCUUAUGCACUCCUUGCCGACA